CGCCGCGUCCGGGCCGGGGGUUGCGCGAGACGCUGGGGCCGCCGCUUGCAGCACCUGCCGGCGGGCCGGGCCGCGCCGGGCCGGGCCGGGCCGGGCCGAGAUGGCGGCGGGGAUGGCGCUGGUGCCCUGCUGGCUGCUGGCCUGGCUGCUGCUCUCCUGCCGCCUGCCUGGCGCGGGGUCCGUGGCGGUGAUGUCGGUGGACGUGGGCAGCGAGUCGAUGAAGAUCGCCAUCGUGAAACCCGGGGUGCCGAUGGAGAUCGUCUUAAACAAGGAGUCACGAAGGAAAACGCCUGUGGCUGUUUCUUUGAAGGAGAACGAGCGUCUCUUUGGUGACAGCGCACUAGGAAUGUCCAUAAGGACCCCCAAGGUGGCAUUCAGAUACUUUCAGGAUCUGCUGGGUAAGCGUAUCGAUAACCCCCACGUGGCGCUGUACCAGGCCCGAUUCCCAGAGCAUGAACUGGUGAAGGAUGAGAAGAGGCAGACCGUUAUCUUCAAGCUAUCCCAAACGAUACAGUAUUCUCCAGAGGAGAUGCUGGGGAUGGUCCUGAACUAUUCACGUGGUCUGGCUGAGGAAUUUGCAGAGCAGCCCAUCAAGGACGCGGUGAUCACCGUUCCUGCCUACUUCAACCAGGCGGAGAGGAGAGCAGUUCUGCAUGCCGCUCGCAUGGCCGACUUGAAGGUGCUGCAGUUGAUCAAUGACAACACUGCUGUAGCAUUGAACUAUGGAGUUUUUAGGAGGAAAGACAUCAAUGCUACCGCACAGAAUAUCAUGUUUUACGACAUGGGAGCAGGAAGCACUGUUUGUACUAUUGUUACGUAUCAGACAGUGAAAACUAAGGACUCGGGAACCCAACCUCAGUUGCAGAUCCAGGGCAUUGGGUUUGACCGUACUCUUGGAGGUUUAGAGAUGGAGCUUCGUCUCCGGGACUAUUUGGUAAAACUCUUUAAAGAUCAGCACCCUUCCAAAGACGUCCGAAAGAAUCCCCGGGCCAUGGCCAAACUACUGAAGGAGGCCAACCGCCUGAAAACUGUCCUGAGCGCAAAUGCUGACCACAUGGCACAGAUUGAGGGGCUACUAGAUGACAUCGACUUCAAGGCCAAGGUCUCAAGGCAAGAAUUUGAGGAUUUGUGCUCUGACUUGUUCCAGCGAGUCCCAGGACCUGUGCAACAGGCUCUGAGCAGCGCAGAGAUGAACAUGGAUGGAAUUGACCAGGUGAUUCUAGUUGGCGGUGCCACACGGGUCCCCAAAGUGCAGGAGGUUUUGCUGAAAGCUGUGGGCAAAGAAGAACUGGGCAAGAAUAUCAAUGCCGAUGAGGCUGCUGCUAUGGGUGCAGUCUACCAGGCAGCUGCUCUGAGCAAAGCCUUUAAGGUGAAGCCUUUCAUUGUUCGGGAUGCCGCUGUGUUUCCUAUCCAGGUGGAGUUUACUCGUGAAGUUGAGGAGGAUGAUAAAUCCAAGAGUUUAAAGCAUAACAAGAGGAUUUUGUUCCAGCGCAUGGGACCCUACCCACAGCGCAAAGUUAUCACUUUCAACCGCUACACAGAUGACUUUGAGUUCUAUGUCAACUAUGGAGAUCUGUCUUUCCUGAACCAGGAUGACAUGCGGAUUUUUGGUUCUCUCAAUCUCACUACUGUGAGGCUAAAGGGAGUUGGGGACAGUUUCAGGAAGCACUCAGAUUAUGAAUCCAAAGGCAUCAAAGCUCACUUCAACAUGGAUGAGAGUGGAGUACUAAGUCUUGACCGGGUGGAAUCUGUGUUUGAGACCUUGGUGGAAGACAAGCUGGAGGAGGAGUCAACACUGACAAAACUUGGUAAUACCAUCUCAAGCCUGUUUGGGGGUGGUGGUCCUGCGCCAGAGACUGGAGAGAACCUGACAGACUCGGUUCAGGAAGAAGAAGAGAGCCUAGCAGAAACGGGUAAAGAAGAGCAGGGGGAGAAGCAAGACCACAAAAGCAGUGCAGAAGAUGCCGGUGACGAGCAGGGAGAAGAGAAGGAGCAGUCUCCGGGUCAGGCAGAAACUGCCCCUCCAAAAGCAGAGUCACAGAAGAAGGAAGAAGGCAAGAAAUUAGAGUCUCAGGAUCCCAAAGAAAACAGAGAAACUGUGAAAGAGGAAGAACCGUCUAAAAGUUCUGGUGACAGCACAGUUACCAAAACGGAGGAAGAGAAGAAGAUCAAAGCACCCAAGAAGCAGAAGCUUGUCCAUGAGAUCACCAUGGAACUGGAUGUAAACGAUGUGCCUGACUUGCUGGAGGAUGAACUGAAGAGCUCAAUGAAAAAACUCCAAGACUUGACGGUCAGAGAUCUAGAGAAACAGGAAAGAGAAAAGUCAGCCAACAGCUUGGAGUCAUUCAUCUUUGAGACCCAGGACAAGCUUUACCAAGAGGAGUAUCAGUUUGUCUCAACGGAGGAGCAGAGAGAAGAAAUUUCCAGAAAGCUUAGCGAGGCUUCCAGUUGGAUGGAGGAGGAGGGCUAUGCAGCCACAACUAAGGAGCUGAAAGACAAGCUUUCAGAGCUGAAAAAGCUUUGUAGAAACCUCUUCUUCCGUGUUGAGGAAAGGAGAAAGUGGCCGGAACGCCUGGCUGCCCUGGAGAGUCUGCUCAACCACUCAACCAUCUUUCUCAAGGGAGCCCGAAUGAUUCCAGAGUCUGACCAGAUAUUCACAGAAGUGGAACUGGGUACGCUGGAAAAAGCCAUCAAUGAAACAACGAUCUGGAAAAAUGAGACGCUGGCUGAGCAGAACAAGCUCUCUCCUACUGAGAAACCUGUCCUGCUGUCAAAAGAUGUAGAGCUGAAGAUAGCAGCCCUGGACAGGGAAGUGCAGUAUCUCCUGAAUAAGGCCAAGUUUGCAAAACCCAAACCCAAAAAGGAGAAGAACACCACAAAAACCGAUUCAGGCAAGAAUGCUACAGCAACCUCCGAGACUGAGAACACUAUCCCUCCCACGGAGGGGAAACAAGAAGACACAGACAAACCUGAGGAUAUUGGUCCAGCCAAGGAACCUCCUACAGCUGAGAAAGUAGCAAUAGAUGAUGAGCCUGGAUCAGACUCCGGGUCCAAAAAAGAGAAGACGACAGAAGCUGGAGGAGAAAGCAGGAAAAAUGAUGAGUUAUAACACCCCUGCAAUCCCACUAGUGUCAACAUCUAUUUAUUUCAUGGUUACUUUCUUGUUUUUAUAAUGGACCUGGUUAGUCAUGAUGUAAAUGGAACACAACAAACAGUCUGACAACAAAAUGGGAUAGAGAUGUAAAUUUUUUUUUUUUCCUGUCUGGGGAUUUUGCCGCUACUAACUUAGUGAAUUGGUUCUUGUUUUUCUUUUCUUACGUGUUUAAAGGUGGCAGUGUGCCCACUGCAAAUUGUCUCUGUUUUGAAUACAAAAGUCACCAAAGUGACUUUUCUGUGGAGAGAAAGCAGUAAAGAAACAUAAUAAGCUUUAGGAAGUAACUCGGAACGCAAACUCUGUGCGACACCUCUGGUGAAGAUAAAUGGGAUUAAUGCAGAAGCGUACGUAGCCGAGAUGGUGUUGUCUUUGCAUACGAGGCCCUAGCUUAAAGGAAUGGUGUGAGUUCAGCUGACGAGAGGUGUGUUCUCAUUUGGAUUCGUGGGAAGGUGGAAUGGACUUGGGGAGGCGGACGCUCCGUGCUUGGAGCUACGAACGUGUCUGUUUUCCAUAGACUGUUGUUAACACCAUCUCUCUCCGUGCUCUGUAGCAGAGUCUGAAAACCGUGAAUUGAGACUUGACAAAAAGAUGCUGUAUAUAGUUUGCUAUAAAAUAAAAAGUUCAGACAUGGCAACAGUGAUGGCAAAGGAGACCGGGAAGGUGUUAGUGCAUCUUGUAGUCAGAGCAACAACUGCUGAGGGACCACAGAGGCGGCACAGGGUUGGGCGAAAACGAAACGGGCGAAUUUAAUCGUAACUGUCCUCCUUCCUUGGUAUCUUGUGUGCUCGGCCUGGCUUCAUUGCAGACCUCCAUCUCCUUGGCCGUGGGACGCUCCCACUGCUGCAAAACACGAGUGGAGUCUCUGACCAGCCGGCGCAGACGCCUGUGAAUGUGCAUCUGAAUCUCGUUCUCCAUUUUGGCCUCUUCAACCAAAAAUAAAAAGUACACUUCCUGCCAGUCUCUCAAAAA